CAUUGCUGGAGUCCUAAGGCAGCAUGGUGUCUCUGCUGGGUGGCUUUCAGAGGUCGCUCUGGACCAUCCUCCUCCUUGUGGUGUUGGCUGUGCUCCUGCUGGUUGGCCUCCUACAUACUCAUGUCAAGCUGUUACUGCCAAUCCCACAAGUAAUCUUCCCAGCUGAUGGCACUUCUGGCAAGAAGCCCCAACUCUGCACGUGCUCCUGCCCAUCCCUUGGUUCCCAGGCCAGUGCAGGGCUCUGGACCUUGCCCUCUGGCAUUGGGGUAGGGAGGACCCAGCACCUGUCCACUUUGGCCCCAUGUUGGGCUGGCUUCAAUUCACGGCCCUUCUGUCCCAGGAUGAAGGCUUGGGGUCAGCUUGGGAAUAAUGGAUGUGUGGCUGAGCCAGCUCAGGGCUGAGGUGGAGAGGCCACCUGUUACCAACAUCAUGUUCCUCAAGACACACAAGACAGCUAGCAGCACAGUGCUCAACAUCCUCUACCGCUAUGCUGAGACGCACAACCUGUCUGUGGCGCUGCCUGAGGGCCGCAGUUUCCACCUGGGCUUCCCCUGGCUCUUCGUGGCACGUUACGUGGAGGGUGCUCUGCAGGCUGGGCCUCACCCUGGGCCUCCUCGACAAUUCAACAUCAUGUGCAACCACCUGCGGUUCAACCUGCCAGAGGUGCAGAAGAUCAUGCCCAAGGACACCUUCUACUUCUCCAUCCUUCGGCACCCGGUCACCCAGCUCGAGUCCUCCUUUAUCUACUAUAAGAACUAUGCACCUGCUUUCCGCGCUGCUAGCAGCCUGGAAGCCUUCCUGAAGGCGCCGCACCGCUUUUACAACAGCAGUGCCGGGCUGGAGAACGUGUAUGCGCGCAAUAGCAUGUGGUUUGACCUGGGCUUCAACAGCGAUGCUGCUGCUGAUGACGCAUACGUGCGUGCUCGCCUGGUGGAGGUGGAGCAGCGCUUCCAGUUGGUGCUAAUCGCCGAGUACUUUGACGAGUCCAUGGUACUGCUGCGGCGCUUACUGCACUGGCAGCUGGAUGAUGUGGUAGCCUUUCGGCUAAACGCGCGCAGCCCGCACAGCGUGGUGAGCCUGUCUCCCCAGGGCCGGGAGCGCGCGCUGAGCUGGAGCGCCCUGGACUGGCGCUUGUACAUGCACUUCAACCGCACUUUCUGGACGCGCGUGCGCGCUGAGCUGGGCCCGCGCCGCCUGCGCGCAGAGGUGGAGCAGCUGCGUGCUCGCCGCCUGGAGCUCCAGACUCUAUGUUUGGAGGAAACAGCGCCUCGCAGCGGGGCGAGCAUUGCAGACCCGCGGCUGCGCCCCUACCAGUCUGGUGAUGCAGACAUCCUGGGAUAUGUCCUGCGGCCGGGGCUGGACAACGCCACGCUACAUCUGUGCCAAAGGAUGGUGAUGCCUGAGCUACAGUACAUGGCCCGACUGUACACGCUGCAGUUCCCCCAGAAACCCCGUAAAAGCAUACCCUUCCUGGAGAACUAGGGACCUUGGGGCCUGCCCCUUUCCAGCCUUCCUUGGACAUCCAGGCCGCAGACCCUCAGGCUGACCCACCAGGGGCACAGUCCACCUGUCCCUGCGGUGAGAGGGCUUCCAGGGGAUAUGCUUGACAGGCAGACUGGGCUGUGGUCCCAAAGGACCUCAGAGCGUUUCCCAGAACUUCCUUGACCCAAUGUGGCACUGAUUCUCAGGGAAGAACCCAGGACCACUCUCAGAGCUGGACCUGCAAACGGCAGCGUGGUGAGCAGUUUAUUUCUGACUGAAAACGGUUUAGUUUAGAUUUAGAGACCAUACCAAUGUUAUACUAAGAUGUUAAAGAUUAAAAUAAUUGAUUAAAAGAUAACAAGAAUAGUUACUUAAAAAGAUAGUUAUUAGUAAUAUUGUCAUUCAGUACUGAGCUCAUUACCCUAGUCACCAAGCACCAACCACAUAGUUAUAAAUUAACUGACCGCGUCGGUUUGCUGUUCUGUAAUGCGUCAUCCCCUCCACCUUAGUGACCUGUGUGCUAUGUCAACUUUUGUUCCCCUUGUAAGAGACAAAUGAUGCUGUGUUAACCAUUCUUCCCUUCAGGAGAGACAAAUGUUCCUGGAAUUGGCGGACCAAGGGCUAUGAAUUGGCUAACCACCCACUGUGAAAUGCCUCUUACCUCAAGCAAAGGGGAACAAAGGCCCACCUUAUUUCUGUUUCCCAUCACUAUGUACUUAAUGAUCAAUGAGCUAAUCAUAAAUGGACUAUAAAAAUCAGUCAAAACUCUAACUCAGUUGCACAGCUUUGCAAAUUCCAUCUGCACUGUGUCACUGGGCCAGCUAAAAUAAAAGCGCUUCUUUUGAAAAA